GGUGGAUUUACUAACUGACCAACAGAACAGAAGCAGGACACACAGGUUCUCAGGUGCUUUCCACAACAGCUCUGGUUCUCCCACACCAUAAAAUAAGAAACUUUCAGAGGUAUCAGACCACAGAGCUAUUGGAAAAUAGCUUUUCUGGGACAUGCUGCUUUUAAUUCAAAAGAGUUAAACUUACUCACAUCAGAAAGGUUGAAGUCUAUUUCUUCAACCUCAAAGCAUACUCAAAGAGUGCUGAAAAUGGGACACAAGUGCAUCGUUAAACCCUCGUCGUUACAAACACUCAUCCUCUCCACCAUCCUCCUCUUCAUCUCCCCUACCUCUGCCAUGCCAGGGCCUGACUAUGGAGGCCACCCGCGAUUCAUCUGCAUUCCCGUCCCUGCCGAUACCGACCCUGCCUGCUUCCCCUCUGGGGGGCCAGUCAUGGGGCCUAGCGGGGCAGGACACCACACGCCUCCUGUAGGGCCCCCGAACAAUAAUGACUGGUGGGGAAUGACAGAGGAGGCUAAAACCAGUAUUUUACACCUGAGAGAGAGCCUGGUGCAGCAAAAAGAGACCAUCCUGGAUAUGAGAGAGACCAUCAGGGAGCUGACCGCCAAGCUCACCCUGUGUGAGGGCUCUGGGCCGGGCAUCGUAGCUCACAACGACCACCAUGAACCUCCAUCUCAUCACGGAGGGGCUGUCAGCCAUCUCCAUGCUUUGGAUGCAGCCGGACGCUACCCUGGGAAUGGGGGGCACCGUUCGGACAGUGGGCAUAACAACAGGGGGAAGGAUAAACACGCAACAUCAGAGGAUAUGAUAUCAUCAAAAUCGCCGGAAGAACUGGGCAGGAUGCUGCAGGCCCUUAAAGAGAGAAUGGAUAACCUGCAGCAGUCAAGGAACACCUCCACCACCUACUCCAGCUCUCUGAAGGAGCUCCUCCAGAGGAAGAUCAGUGCUCUGGAGCAGCAGAUGCACCACACCGCUGCUGCCCUCAGCAGCAGCCCCAAUCACCAUGACGACAGCGAUCACCACGAUGACGGGCACCAUGAAGACCACGACGAUGACGGGCAUCACGACGACAGUCACCAUGACGACCACCCCGAUAAUCACCAUGACGAUGGGCAACACGACAACGAGGCAGACAGCCAUGGUUACCUGCAAAGAACGGGUUAUCACAUACCAGGGCCCAGAGCUGGCCUGCACUCCAACAACAAAUUGGACUCUCUACUGAAUAACCUGCACCACACAGGUACCAACAGCAGGAAGAAGACCAAGAACCCUGAUGCCUUCCAGAUCGGUUUCCCCAUGAGAACCAACUACAUGUACGGGAAGGUGAAGACGACCCUCCUCCACGAGAUCUUUGCCCUCACCCUGUGUCUGUGGAUAAAGGGGGGCGCAGGCCCCGGGCUGGGGACCCCCUUCUCCUACUCUGUACCGGGACAGGCCAACGAACUGGUGCUGAUCGAGUGGGGCAACAACCCCAUGGAGCUGUUGGUGGAUGACAAGGCAGUGACUCUGCCCCUUUCUAUCAGCGAUGGAAAGUGGCACCAUGUGUGUGUGACGUGGUCGACGAGGGACGGUGAGUGGGAGGCGUACCAGGACGGGGUGAAGAGGGGCUCUGGGGAGAACCUGUCCGCAUGGCAUCCCAUCAAACCUGGAGGGGUCUUCAUCCUCGGACAGGAACAGGACACUCUGGGAGGUCGUUUCGAUGCCACGCAGGCGUUUAUGGGGGACAUCUCUGACCUCCAGAUGUGGGCUAAUGUCCUCACGGCCCAUGACAUCUACAGCCUGGCCUCCUGUAACAGCCACCUCAGUGGGGACGUCAUCACCUGGUCCGAGAACCUGGUGGAGCUCCACGGAGGGGUCACCAAGUACCCCUUUGACCCCUGUCACUAAGGGCAACCAACUAUUAUGACAUUACCAAUGGAUCCAUAUCACACACAUACUUAAAAGUACUCCUAUCGAAGAAGGAUUUUUUUCCGAUCCAGAGGGGGUAUGAGAUCAGAGGGGGUAUGAGACCACUUAAUAUUACCACCUGACUAAAACUAUGCCUUCCUUUGAGUCUGAAAGACGGUAGACCCCCAUUCCCAGAAACUGUGUUAUGACUAUUAUGGAAUUAAAUGUUUUGAUAAUGAAAUGGACUAUACUGUAUAUACAGUGCCUUCAGAAAGUAUUCAUACCCCUUGACUUAUUCCAUGUUUUGUUGUGUUACAGCCUGAAUUCUAAAUUUAUUAAAUUAUAACAAAUGUUCAUCCAUCUACACAUAAUACCCCAUAAUGACAAAGUGAAAACAUGUUUUUAGAAAUGUUUGCAAAUGUAUUGAAAAUAAAAUACAGAAAUAACCAUUUACACAAGUAUUUGCACCCCUUAGUUAAUUCUUUGUAGAAGCAACUUUGGCAAUGAUUACAGCUAUGAGUCUUUCUGGGUAAGUCUCUAAGAGCUUUCCAGACCUGGAUUGUGCAAUAUUUUACAAUUCUUCAAGCUCUGUCAAAUUGGUUGUUGAUUAUAGGCAACCAUUUUCAGGUCUUACCAUACAUUUUCAAGUAGAGUUAAGUCAAAACCAUAACUUGACCAGUCAGGAACAUUCACAUCUGGUUGGUAAGCAACUCCAAUGUAGAUUUAGUCUUGUGUUUUAGGUUAUUGUCCUGCUGAAAUGUGAAUUAAUCUCCCAGUGUCUGUUGGAAAGAAGACU